CACCACCACGUUCAGAAACUAUGCCAGUAACACAAUCUACCAAAGAAUCCUCUGAGCCUUCCGUAAUCCAGGAACAACUUCAAGUAAUUUAUGGAUCCAAAGUAUCUCAAUUGCAGAUACAAAUCAAUAAUGGUACCAAUGGUGUUGUCCAGAAUCAAACACAAGUAAAUUACGGUGACAAAGUAAAUCAAACUCAAAAACAAGAAAAUUAUGGAUCCAGGAACAAACAAAGUCAAAAACUAAUUAGCAAUGGUUCUGCAGUCAGUCAGGUACAAGCACAAAUAAAUCAUGGCAAUAACGUGAUACAAAGUCAAACUCAAAUUGAUCAUACUAAACAAGUUAGUCAGACACAAACUCAAAGUUAUGGAUCUGAUGAUGAAGAUGAUAGUAGUAAUGGUCAAGACCAUGGAAAAGAAACGCAUGUUACACAAUCACCGCAAAGCAACAGUAGCAAUAAGCAGUGCACAUCCAGUGGUUUCAUGAGUGAUCCUGACGAUUGUAGGAAAUUUUAUAGAUGCGUCGAUAAUGGUAAAGGCGGGUACACAAAGUUUGAGUUUACGUGUGGAGAAGGAACUGUUUGGGAUCAAAGCAUUGAAGGAUGCAACCAUGCUUGGGCAGUGAAAAAGUGCGGACAGUCAGAAACUGCAACAGCUCCACCCUCAUCAUCACCUGCAAGCUCUUCAACGACAGUUGCACAAACCACCCAACAUCCUCACACGACACCGGAACAAGAAACUACUGACGAUAGUGAUGAUACUGAUACAGGAUACGGAAAUCAAACCCCAGAGCCAACUUCAUCCAGCAGACCAUCUACAACUACUACUACUACACAAGUGCAAACGACGAAUUCACAAGUUUCUACAGAUAGUCAAACCUCUGAUAAAACGGAAUGUCAAAGUAAUGGAUUCAUGGGCGAUCAACAAGACUGUAAAAAGUUUUACAGAUGUGUGGAUAAUGGUAACGGUGGAUACACUAAAUAUGAAUUUUCAUGUGGAGAAGGUACGGUAUGGGAUCCUGAGAUAGAAUCAUGCAAUCAUGCAUGGGCGGUUAAGAAAUGUGGUGGAUCUUCAACUACGGAUAAUAAAGUCGAAAUGACUACUAAAGCCCAGACAACAGCAGUGCCCCAAGAAACUUCAGGAACUGAAUCUCACAUGCCACAAAAUGAUGAUGAAGAUACUGGGUAUGGACAACCGGAACCGACUGCAUCAUCUGCAAUUCCAACUACAACAACAACAACGACAACCACAGAACAGUCAAACACUCCUACUCACGCAAGUAAUAAUUGCGAAACAAGUGGAUUUAUGGGAGACAAAAACGAUUGCAAAAAGUUUUAUAGAUGUGUCGAUGAUGGUAAAGGUGGUUACACUCGCUACGAAUUUGCUUGCGGUGAAGGAACUGUUUGGGAUCAAAGCAUAGAGGGUUGCAACCAUCCGUGGGCGGUGAAAUCGUGUGGUCACAUUGAUGGGCAAUCGUCGGAAGCCCCAAUUGACCAACAAACAUCUACAUCACAUAGUACUGACAAUCCAAAUCAUAAUCCAUCUACUUCUCAUGAAACUACUACAGCCCAAGUUGAUUCAGGAACGAUGGCCCCAGAAGAAGCUACCUCAACAUUGAAACCAUCUCCCAGCAAAGAUUGCCAACAAGAAGGAUUCUAUGGAGAUCAAACAGACUGUAAAAAGUUUUAUAGGUGUGUAGAUAAUGGUAAUGGGGGAUAUACCAAAUAUGAAUUCACUUGCGGAGAAGGUACUGUUUGGGAUCAAGAAAUACAAGGGUGUAACCAUCCAACCUCAAAUCGGAAUUGUAGUAGCACCCAGGCUGUUAGUUCUACCACAACUACAGACAUUCCCAGCAAAGAAAGUGAUGAAAUGCCUACAGAAUCAACUUUAAAACCAACAACUGCACCUUCGACAAGCCAAACUACUUCUUCUGAACAACCACAACCAGCAGCUACAAAACCUUCAAGUGGAAUAUGUGAGUCUGAAGGUUUCUAUGGAGACCCCAAUGAUUGCAAGAAGUUUUACCGUUGCGUUGACGAUGGUAAAGGAGGUUAUACAAAAUAUAAUUUUAUUUGUGGUGAUGGUACCGCUUGGGAUCAAGAAAUCCAGGGUUGUAAUCAUGAAACUGAAACAUGCAAACGAAAUUCACCGGCUGAAACAACUGAAACCCAGACAACCCAGAAAACGCCGGACUCUACUACAGAAACAGAAAAAACUACAGAAUCAGGAAAACCAACUACAACUACAGAAAAGUCUGAUUCCGCAACUUCAAACAAUGGAGGCACAUGCACAUCUGAUGGAUUUUACGCAAACCCUAAUGAUUGUAAGAAGUUUUACCGCUGUGUAAGUGAUGGAAAAGGAGGAUAUACUAAAUAUGACUUUGCAUGUGGUGAAGGUACCAUGUGGGUGCAGGAAAUACAAGCUUGUGACCAUGACAACGACGUGAAUAGUUGCUCUGAACAAAGUGUUUCUACACAGCCUGACUCUACGAGCACUACCACCCAGACCCAAAUUUCUAGUAGUACAACAAGUCAACCGCACACAUCUGAGUCAUCAACUAUAUCCACUUCUACAACAACAAUAGCUCAACCGGACGCUGAUGAAUACCAAGGUGAAUCUCCUGCUAGCUCAGGAGGAGAAUGUCAGUCUGAAGGAUUUUAUGGCAAUGAAAGUGACUGCACAAAGUUUUACCGCUGCGUGGACAACGGAAACGGAGGAUAUACUAAAUAUGACUUUACCUGCGGAGAGGGAACCGCUUGGGAUUCAAAUAUUCAAACCUGUAACCAUAUCAGUGAAGUUCAGGGAUGUAAUGGGCAAAGUCAAACUCAGCCAGCUAUGCAAGACGAAAUGUCGAGUACAUCAGAAGGAACGACUACGAAAGCGUCAGGGUCUAGUACCGAGAGCUCGAAAGCAUCGGAAGGAACCACUUCUUCAGGCACGGAAUCAAGCACUCAAUCCUCAAAGCCUGCCAAUAACGAUAAAUGUACAGAGGAAGGAUACUAUGGGAACAGCCAAGAUUGUACUAAGUUUUACAGGUGUGUAGACAACGGAAAUGGAGGCUAUACAAAAUAUGAUUUUGACUGUGGUGAAGGUACAAUAUGGGAUCAGGAUAUAACGGCUUGCAAUCAUCCGCGUGAUGUAAAUAACCCAUCGUGUAAAGACGGCGCAGAUAGUAGUUCCUCAUCUUCAUCUACCACUAGCAGCUCUUCAUCUGAGUCUAAAGACCCUAGCUCGACUGAGUCUACAUCAGGAGGUGGCUUCAGUACUACAGAAAGCAGCAAUCAAGGUUCAUCAAAUUGCUCACAAGAUAACACAACCAAAAAACCCGCUAACAAAAAUGUGAACUGCACUAAAGAAGGAUACUAUGCUGACCCAGAUGACUGUAAGAAAUUUUAUAGAUGCGUUGACUGGGAUGGUAAUGGCGAAAGAUUCUCAGUUUAUCACUUUGACUGCGGUGAGGGUACAAUAUGGGAUCCAAGCCUCGAUACAUGUAAUCACGAAGAUUCUGUUUAUCCACCUCGGGAUUGUAGCGGUCAAAGUCAGGGUGAAAAUAUGGAUAAAGAAAAUACAACUACAACAGAAAGUACAACAACCACUCAAGGUGAAUCCUCAACAACGGAAAAAUCAACUACAACUGAGCAAACUACCGAAUCAACGACUCAAUCAGCAACCAGUGAACAAAACACCACACAGGAAACAACAACUAGCGAACAAACUACAACGCAACAGACAACUACUAGCGAACAAACAACUACACAACAGUCUACCACUAGCGAACAAACCACUACACAACAGUCUACCACUAGCGAACAAACGACCACGCAACAGUCAACCACUAGCGAACAAACGACCACACAACAGUCUACGACUAGCGAACAAACAACCACGCAACAGUCUACGACUAGCGAACAAACAACCACAGAACAACCAACCACUACUCAACAAACCACAACUGAGCAGGCUACUGAACAAACAACAACCCAGGAAUCGACCACAAGCCAACAAACUACGGAACAAACUACAACACAAGAAUCAACGACUAGUCAACAAUCUACCACUGAACAAACCACAACACAAUCCAAUGAAGAAACUACUACACAACAGUCUACAACAGAGCAAUCCACAACGGAAUCUAACCAAGAAACAACAACACAGCAAGAUCAAACCACUACCACAGAAAGUUCGGAAAGCACAACACAACAAAAUAACGAGACAUCAUCCGAAAAACAAUGUCCAGAAACGGAGGAUGAUCAAUAUUUAUACGUUUGUCCAACUAGCUUCAGAAGACAUCCUAAGUAUUGCAACUUAUUUUACCAAUGUACUGAAGACGAUGAUACCCACGAAGUUAAAAUUGCAACGUUCAACUGUCCUAACAAUACCAUUUAUGAUGACGGUAAAACUCAGUGUGUAGAAGAGAGUAAAGCAGACGAGAAAUGUGAUGGUCAAAUCGCACAACGAAGAAGAGUCAAGAGGCUCGAUGCAGAAAUGAAACAGCCGAUGGUAGUUAGCAGUAGACAGAAGAUGAACUGCCCAGCAGUGGGACAUUUCCCAUUUGACAAAGAUGAUGAAUGCUCACCAUCUUUCCUCAAAUGCAACAAAACUAAAUCUGGAAAAUUAAGAGGUUUUGUUUACCGUUGCCCUGAUAACUAUAUGUAUUGGUCGGUGAGCAGGAGAUGUGAACAAAACUAUAAAAUAAGACACUGUAAAAAUUCAGCCAAUGAUUGGUCUGGAAGAUAUGAAAUACCAGUUGAAAGGAAAAAUAUUGCUUCAUAAGUUUUAUUUCUAGUAAUUUAGGUCAACUGCGUUAAGAAACUUAUUCCAAGGAAUUAUUUUAUUCGACCAAGCAUUCUGAAUAUUAAAAUUUACAGGGGCUUACAUUGAUAUAAUAAUUUAUGUUUUUAUAGUAUGGGAGUAUUAGAAGGGGGUCGAUAAAAGUAACGUUGAAGGUGCAAUAUUUUUUCAUGCAAUAUGUAGUAAAUUUAUACGAUUAUGUUAAGUUGAAAUUGGCUACAAUAAGUAAGUUAUUGUGAAAUGAUGCUAGAUCUGUAUGUGCAUUCAUGAAUUUCACAUUCUAGUCUCGAGUAAAAUGAUAACGCAUCUUAAUUAUUAAUGUUCCAAGUGUUUAGUAUUUCCUUUAGAUACUUAUCACUUAGGAAUUUAUAAUUGCUGCCAUAACGUAAAAAGAUAAUGUUUAAGCUAAGUUAGCUAUAAGUUAUAUCAAUAAGUUAAAGAUUUCCUUGUGAUCGAAAUGUUGUAAUCUACAAUAUUUCGACCACGAUAAGACACUUACGAGCUUAAAAAUAAAAUAUUAAGAUAACUUAUA